AUGGCGGAGAGGAUUGGAGUUAGUACACCGUUAACGAAGCUAGCUUUGAAACUCGGCUUAAAAAUGGAGGAUGCUGAAAGAUUUACUGCGAUGAACCGGAUGAAUGGCCAAGUAUCUACGGAAGGAACAAUGAGGAUGCUGCACACAUGGAAGAAUAAGACACUUGUGAACAAACAAUGGGCCACAUUAGAGGCAGCUCUCAUAGAUGCAGAUCUUGCCGGGAUAGCUGACAAAUUUUCAAGCAUGGUAGAAGAAAAAGCGAGGAAGGUACCGAGGUCCUCCAUGGGGCUUCGAAGCAAGCUAGUCGACCCUGAUGGAGAUGAAGAAGAACCACGCCGUGAAGAACUGCCUGACAAAAUGCGUGAAAAACAACGCCGUGAACUGACUGAAGAACUGCGUGAACUGCGUGUCAUCGGAAUGAUUGAAGUGCUAGAACGCAUAUACACAGAUCCUGCCAGAUUCACGGAUGGGAUCUUGCUGCAAAAACGAGACUUCCAACCAGGCCUCAAACGUAGGGAUCGCUCAUCAUCGUCAUUCUCCCCGAUGGAAAAUUCACGUCACGACAUAUUUUCAUCACCGAUGGCAAGGAACCAUUGGAGGAGAGUUAUCGUGUCUGGUAGCAACACUGCAAAGCUUACUGCACUCUGUCGUAGUCUGUCAAAUGACUGGGCAACACAGAACACGGCGUCCGGCAUCCUCUCAGAACAGCAGCAUCUCUUUGAGCUAUCUGCCAAUGACAUAAAGCCCAAACAGACGAUCGAGAGUGCUAUCAAGCAUCAACUAUUUUCAGAUCUUGAUGAGGUUGAUGAAGCCCUGAUUCGACAGUUGCUCAAAGACAUGCCUCAAGCAAUCACCAUUCUCAUUGAUGGGUUCAACGGCAAAAACUGCGGAGACAGCAUCAUGGAUGUCUUGUCAGGACGUACACUCCAGGAGGUCACUGUCAUGGUAACGACCCGACCACGCUCUGCAAAACGGCUCGAUCUGAUGGCACCGGGUGUGUAUGAUCGCAUUGACAUGUACUAAAUCUAUUGGUUUCCCCAGAGUUGCGUGGUAUAUAUCCUCACAUCGAAAUUAGGUUCUCAUCAAGAAUGGAUAUGAAUAUGGAAGUGGAUAGCGAAAUGCGGAAUACCGCCCUGCUGACUUAUUUCAGAAGAUUCAGAAGAUGACUUUCAGAGGAGGAGAGACAGCAGCUGUGACUGCAAGAAUCCAAAGUACUUGGAAAACGUUUCGGGAACUCUCUCCUUUCCUUACCUCAAGGGCGAUCCCGUUAAGAGUGAACGGCCGGGGAAGGUGUAUGAUGCCUGUGUUAGAAAAUGCAUGACGUACGGGAGCGAAACAUGGGCGAUGAAAUCACCCAGUGUACAGCGAAUAGAGAAAGCUGAGAUGAGGAUGGUGAGGUGGAUGCGCAGGGUAUCACUUCACGAGA